AUGGGGUACAAGAUCACUAAUAUCUACGUCAUCACCAUGGUGGCCGUCAUUGGCGGUGCACUGUUUGGUUUUGAUAUUGCUUCCAUGUCCGCAAUUCUUGGCACACAGCAAUAUAAAUGCUUCUUCAAUCAGCUCGGCAAUAACGAAGACGGUAAAUGCGGUGGCCCUACCUCUGCCAAUCAGGGUGGCAUUUCCGCUGCCAUGCCUGGUGGCUCUUGGGUCGGCGCCCUUAUCUCUGGUUUCGUGACUGACUACCUGGGUCGCCGUGGAGCCAUCCAGACAGGCUCAGUCAUUUGGUGCAUCGGUAGUGCCAUUGUAUGUUCGUCCUUUGGAAUCGCCCAGCUCGUCGUUGGCCGCUUCAUCAACGGAGUUUCCGUCGGUAUCCUCAGCGCCCAAGUCCCUGUCUAUGUCGCCGAGUUAGCCCAGCCCAGUAAGCGUGGCCAGGUUGUGGGAGCACAACAGUGGGCAAUUACAUGGGGUAUCUUGAUUAUGUUCUACGUCUCGUACGGUUGCAGUUUCCUUGAGGGUACCGCCGCCUGGCGCACUCCUUGGGGUCUGCAGAUGGUUCCCGCUGCCAUGCUCUUUGGUCUGGUCUUCUUGUUGCCCGAGAGUCCACGUUGGCUGGCCAAGAGAGACCGCUGGGAGGAGGUUCUUGAGGUUUUGGCUUCGGUCCAUGCCAAGGGUGAUCGCAAUGCGCCCUUCGUGCAGACUGAGUUGCAGGAGAUUCGUGAAAUGAUCGAAUUCGAGCGCGACAACAAGGAUGCCUCCUUCCUCGACCUUUUCAAAGGUCGGAUGAUCUACCGUACUCACCUCGGUGUCUUUACUCAGAUCUGGUCUCAGCUCACCGGUAUGAACGUCAUGAUGCUUUACAUCACCUACGUCUUUGGUAUGGCCGGUCUCAGUGGAAACUCAAACCUUGUCGCAUCCUCAAUUCAGUACGUCAUUAACGUGGUGAUGACCGUUCUCGCCUUGGUCUUCAUUGAUCGCUGGGGUCGUCGUACUCCGCUUUUGAUCGGUUCCACCCUCAUGAUGGUGUUCAUGUUUGCCAACGCUGGAAUCAUGGCGUCGUACGGAAAGCCAGCUCCACCGGGUGGUGUCGACCAUACCCCCGAACAGUCAUGGGAUAUGUCUGCUGCCCCUAAGGCUGCCAAGGGAAUCAUCGCUUGCACGUAUCUCUUCGUCGCCAGUUACGCACCAACUUGGGGUCCUGUUAGCUGGAUCUAUCCCCCCGAGCUCUACCCCCUUCGCCUGCGUGGCAAGGCUGUCGCACUUUCAACCUCAUCUAACUGGAUCUUCAACUUUGCCUUGUCCUACUUCGUCCCCCCUGCGUUUGAAAACAUCCAAUGGAAGGUUUAUGUGGUGUUUGGAGUCUUCUGCUUCGCAAUGACCGUACACGUCUUCUUUGCCUUCCCUGAAACAGCCGGAAAAACUCUGGAGGAAGUUGAAACCAUGUUCACAACCCCUGGUCUCGUGCCCUGGAAGACCAAUGUGCAGUACCAGCAUGUUCGCAAACUGGAGCAGGGAGCGGUUCAAUCAAACAAGAUGGCGGAUCUGCGCGCAGAGGAAGGAACAGCCCAUAACCCCAAUUCCACUGAGAAGGGAACUGCCGUUUCGCAGGUCGAAUAG